AUGGGCGUCCUGACCGUGGGCCGCCCCCUGAGCUGGGAGGAGGCCCUGCCGCACCUGCGCUACGUGCGCGACCACGGCGUGCUGCAGUUCAUCAACCACUACCGCAAGUACGAGCACAUCACCAAGGACGCGCUCUACUACGGCGACGAGAUCGAGUACGGCCUCUUCGCGCUGAGCGCCGGCGGCGUCGCGCUGAGCCUGCGGGGCGCCGCCGUGCGGGCGACGCUCAACGCGCGGGAGCUCGAGGAGCGGCGCGCGAUCCCCGAGUCGGGCAAGGUCACGUGGCACCCGGAGUACGGGAGCUGGAUGGUCGAGUCGACGCCCGCGGUGCCCUACAGCGGCUUCACGGACGACCUGCGGCGCGUCGAGACGAACAUGCGGAGCCGCCGCGCGCGGCUGCUCGCGGCGCUCGAGGACGGCGAGGUCGCGCCGACGAUGGUCGUCUUCCCGCGGCUCGGCUGCGACCCGCCGCCGGCGCCGGGCCCCGCGGCGAACUCGAGAUUGGUACCCGACGCCGUCAUCAACCCGCACCCGCGCUUCGGCGCGCUCACGGCGAACAUCCGCGCGCGCCGCGGCUCGAACGUCGACGUCCGCUCGCCCGUCUUUAGGGACGAGAAGACGGCGGUCGGCGACAUCGCCAUGGACGCCAUGGCCUUUGGCAUGGGCUGCUGCUGCCUCCAGGUGACGUUCCAGUGCCGCGACGUCGACGAGUCGCGCCACGUCUACGACCAGCUCGCGGUGCUCGCGCCCGUCAUGCUCGCGUUGACGGCCGCGUGCCCGAUCCUCAAGGGCCUGCUGUCCGACCACGACGUGCGCUGGAACGUCAUCGAGCAGUCCGUGGACUGCCGCACGCCCGCGGAGCGGUCCGAGCCCGGCGCGGACGUGUCGGGCGACGACCGCAUGGCGAACCGGGGGGUGAAGCCGGUCGGCUCGAGCCGCUACUCGGGCGUCAAGUCCUACAUGUCCGCGCGGGGCACGGCGGCGCGCUACAACGACGUCGACGUCGAGGUCGACCCCUGGGCCUUCGAGCAGCUCACGAGCAACGGCGUCGACGCGCUCCUGGCGCGCCACGUCGCGCACCUCUUCGUCCGCGACCCGUUGGUGCUCUUCGAGGGCAUGGUCGAGGAGCUCGACGACGCCGUUGCGACGGACCACUUCGAGAACCUCCAGUCGACGAACUGGAACUCCGUGCGCUGGAAGCCGCCGCCCGCGGGCAAGAACGAGGCGAAGAUCGGCUGGCGCGUCGAGCUGCGGACCAUGGAGGUGCAGCUCACGGACUUCGAGAACGCGGCGUUCACCGUCUUCUGCGUGCUCGUGCUCCGCGUGCUCCUGAGCUUCGACCUCAACAUCUACAUGCCCAUGUCCAAGGUCCACGAGAACAUGAAGGCGGCGCACGCGCGCGACGCGGCGACGACGGGCCAGUUCUGGUGGCGGUCGCACCUCGUCCGGCCCGGCGGCGCGGCGUGCCCGGCCGCGGGCGGCAACGGCGACGUCGACGGCGACUCCGUCGAGAAGAUGUCCUGCGCGGAGAUCCUCGGCGGCAAGGGCGGCUACUACCCGGGCCUGGUGCCCCUGGUCCUCGUCUACCUCGACUCCAUCGGCUGCGACCCGGGCACGGCGGAGCGCGUCAAGGUCUACGUGGAUUUAAUCCUGGGGCGGGCCACGGGCGAGCUCAAGACCGCGGCGCGCUACGUGCGCGACUUCGUCGCGGCCCACCCGGCCUACGCGCGCGACUCCGUCGUGUCGCCCGCGAUCGCGCGCGAUUUGGUGAAGCGGUGCCACGACGUCGGCGUCGGCGCCGUCGCCGCGCCGGAGCUUCUGGGCGACCACGCCGUCGCGCCCAUCGUCAAGGAGGACGCCUACAACGUCCAGCUGAGCCGCGUGCACUUCGCGUCGGACGUCGGUUUAUGCGUGCUCCUGAGCUCGUACGCGGAGCGCGCGCGCCUCGUGCAGAAGCGCAAGGACGUCGCCCGGGCCGUCGCGGGGCAGAAGGCGCGGCUCGCCGAGCUCGAGGACGAGCUCAAGGCCAUCGACGCGAUCCUCGAGCCCGCGGCCGCGGGGCUCGCCAAGGUGUCGAGCCUCGGCCGCAUGCGCGCGGACAGCGAGACCAUCUCCGUCGCGCUCUCCGACGGCAACUCCGACGGCGAGCAGGCGGCCCUCGACGCGCCCGGCGCCGCCGCGCCGAAGCCCGCGUCCCCGCCGACGCCGCCCCUCUAG